UUUACCUUUAAUUCCUUCCUACCAAAAUCACAACCCUCCUCCUUGAAAAAAACCAACAGCGGCGCUCCAUAGCUCCUCUCUUCUUCAACGAAAAACAGCCACCCCUCCGUCUUCAGCAACAGAACUCCCUCCUCUCAACACCUUCAGUUGCCUCAACAGUCCUCUCUCUCGUUUUCUGCGUCGCUUCCGUCAUCGGCGAACUCACCGGAAACACGAGAGUAGCGGCGCCUCAUCUUUUCACAUCUCCGCCAGCCGCCAUCUCUGACCCUCGCACCCAUAUCUCACUCUCGCCUGAUACACACGUACUCAAGAGCUUACAUAAAUGGGCUGGGAAUUUGAAAAGUCUAAAUCUCUGAUUUGAAGAACAAAACAAUAAAAAGGGAAAGAAAAAAGGAGUCCGAAAUUGCUCAAGUUGGUUACUACUGGUUUUCGAAUUUAUUUCUCGGAGUUUCUGGAUAUCUGUUUGUGUAAAAGUGCUGGGAUUUCGCUGAGCUGAGCUGCUGCUGAUUCUUGACUCGUUAAUUUCGCCCCUGUUUGGUUUUCUCUUCAUCGAACUUAAUUCUAGAGGAACUAGCUGUUUCCGGCUGGAUUAGGCUCUCAAUUUUGUUAUCUCAGCUUAAUCGGAAAUGAUUGUUUUGGCAAGUUCAGUGUUUUGCUCAGCCCCAACAUGGCCACUGUGCAACCCAUCAGAGAGCAAGCAACACUCUAGUACACCCAUCUUUAGGAGGCUGACUUUAACAAGAUGUCAAGCCAAAAGAUGCUGUGAUUGUUAUGAUAUGUACAAAGAGCUAGUUCCAUAUGCCAAUGCAUGGUCUUGGCAAAAGGCUAUUGUGGACAAGAGGAAAGCACAAAUUGAAAGGAAUGAGGAUCUUGCGGACACACUCAUUGUAUUGCAGCAUCAGCCGGUUUAUACAUUGGGUACUGGUAGUUCUGAGGAGAAUCUACAUUUUGACAUAAAGAAUGCUCCUUUUGAAUUGUAUCGAACAGAACGUGGUGGUGAAGUGACUUACCAUGGCCCUGGUCAGCUAGUUAUGUACCCAAUCAUCAAUCUCCGAUAUCAUAAGAUGGACCUUCAUUGGUACCUCAGGAGCCUUGAGGAGGUGAUUAUACGAGUUCUUUCUUCAUCAUUUUCUAUGGAGGCUUCCAGAAUUGACGGUUUAACUGGUGUUUGGGUCGAGGGUCGCAAAUUAGCUGCAAUUGGUAUUAGAGUAUCUCAAUGGGUCACGUAUCAUGGCCUAGCGCUGAAUGUCACCGCAGAUCUGGCUCCCUUUCAGCAGAUAGUUCCAUGUGGGAUCCGUGAUCGUCAAGUUGGAAGCAUAAAGGGAUUACUGAAGGAGUUCUCAGUCUCUAAUGGCUGUGGUACAGAAAACCAUCAAGACACUGAUGAUUUCCAACUUAUUGAUAUUGCUCAUAGAUCUUUAGUUAAGGAGUUUUCUGAAGUUUUCCAAGUUGAUAUCCAUGGUAAACCUAUACCUGUUUUAACUUCUUUUAGAGAAAGCCCUUCUCCUGGCUUGAUUAAGGAUAUGACUUAUUCUUGAAGGGUGAAUUAGUCAUGAAAUUUUACAAAGAAUUAUCAGAUUUGAUGCAAUUUUUUCUUUUCAAGUGAUUUGGUCUGAUUGAUCUAAA